GCGGUGUUGCCUGUUAGUGUUUAUAGGGACGACUUCUGCAGUCACAAACAAGUGGUGCAACCAUCAUGGUGCGUCUGUUGUCGCUGAAGAAGCUGCUGAUGGUGUACUUUGUCAUGUCCACUGGUGCUCUGCUCUGGCUGAUCCUCAACUUCGGCCUAUUCUGCGACACAAGCAGUAAAGAAGAAGAAACACUUCUAACGAAGACAAAAGAUCUAAGACAAUGGGAGGAGCGUCUGAGGAGAAGGGAAAGAGACUUACUGAAGAAACCCCAGGAAGAUGCCAACCUCCCCACCAUCUAUGCCAUCAUGCCUACCCACACCAGGCACGUACAGAAGGCGGAACUCACGCGCCUCGCACAAACCUUUCUGCACGUCAAGAACUUCCACUGGAUCCUUGUGGAGGAUUCGGACAGUCAGACAGACUUGGUGACCCGGUUCCUAGCAUCAUGUGGGAUCAAAUACACACACCUAAACAUUAAAACUCCAGAGAAUUACCAGUUGAAGGAGACGGAUCCCAACUGGCUGAAGCCUCGUGGUGUGGAGCAGAGGAACGUCGGACUGCAGUGGUUGAGAGAAAACCUGGACUUGGACAGGGAUAGGGGCGUGGUUUACUUUGCUGAUGAUGACAACACCUACAGCUUGCAGCUGUUUGAUGAGAUGAGGCACACCCGCGGUGUGUCUGUGUGGCCUGUGGGACUGGUGGGGGGAAUGAGGUUUGAACGACCCGUGGUGGAACAUGGCAAGGUUGUCAGAUGGUACACGUACUGGCGACCAGAGAGGCCCUUCGCCAUCGACAUGGCGGGAUUUGCGGUGAACCUGCAGCUGAUCCUGGAGAAUCGUCAGGUGAAGUUCGAGCUGCGUGUGCGGCGGGGUUACCUGGAGUCAUCUCUUUUGCAGCAUCUGGUCACCAUGGAUGAACUUGAACCUCUGGCAGACAACUGUACUAAGGUCCUAGUCUGGCACACGAGGACGGAGAAACCAAAGAUGAAGCAGGAAAAUUUUCUCAUCCAGGCUGGACGACCUUCAGACCCAAGGAUAGAAGUGUAGUUAGCACUGAAAACUGUGACAUUGUUAUGCAAUUGUUACCUUUACCUCAGUCCUUACCUAAUUUCAUUGUCAUAUGUUGCACUUCAAUGCUCCGCCACCAUUUUUCUUGAUCUAUUGUAGUCACCAUGUAGAUGUACAUGUGCAACAACUGUCCUUCUGUGCAACACACCAGCUUUGCAUUCAUGUGGCCUCUUCCAUUAUGUCAGAAGUCUUCACAAAGUUGACAGCUGGGUAUCUAGCUCCAAGUGUUGUGUAAAACUAGCUGAUGCCUAAGCUCCUGAUGCAGAUGAGAACUAGUCCCCUUGUACAACUGUGUUAUACUAUACCAUGCUUUCAUAUAUACUGUAUUUCCAGUGACUGCUCCAAUGUUACUGUCAUUAAAGUUAAUCU